UUAUUUGGGAUAAUUUUCUUGGUUGAUAUGGGGAUUUUUUUAGCUAAUUUUACUUGCUACUUGACACAAUUUAGAUUAUUUGUCAAUUGAGAAUUGUUUGGAGCUAAAUGUCAUUUCAUUUCUUAAAUCAUGAUAUAUUCCUCACUAUUUGAAUUGGGUCUUGUAGGAUAUAGGAAUUGAUACAUGAUUCAAGUGAAGCCUAAUCAACUCAAGAGGAGGAGUUCAACCAAGUGGAGAAGGUUCACAUUUAAUUUGACUCCAACCAAAUUUAUUAAGCCAACCCAUUGCUCUUGACCUAAGUUCAACCCUCACACCAAAUCCCUAAGUUCUCCCUAAACCAGAUCAAGAUUUACCCUAAUUCCGGUUCAAUUGGACCAAGGUAUAAAGUCCAGGAAACUCGCGGAUGAACAGUGGCUGCGCCUACUGUUCAUCGUGCCAAAGAAUUCCUGCAUCCAUUUUCUUCGCAUCGCAGCCCCCAAAUCUUCAUCCGAUCAACUUCUCAAGCGUCAAUGUUGGUGUAGAAGACUAAGGCAACUGCUGGGCAGACCUCAGGUAGCUGGAAUCUCGCCAAGAGGGUUUCUAUUGUGAGUUCUCUGCGUCUGAAGCUUCCUUGCUGCUGUGAGUGCUGGAAACUGUGGAGGGAGCAAAUUCACAAUCCAUUCUUCAUCAACGAUCAUCGGAGGGGUUCUCUGGUGGUCUCCGUCGAUCAUUCGCCAACCAACAGCUUCCCAUUGUUCUGUACAAUUUCAGAUUUGCGAUUUCCAGAAUUUUCCUGUACUUACAGUUUCAGAUCUGCUCUUGGAGUCAACGUCGGUCGUCACGCGAUAAAUUGUUUGAGCUUGAUCCGGAGAUAGAGAGGACUUUUAGAGCUUUGAGAAUUCAAGAGAGAACACCAGAAAUUUUUGAAUGUAAUUUUCAUGUUUUGGAUACUUCGAUGGCAGAAAACAACAGAACUAUGAAGGAACUUGCUGCUCCUGAUACGGCUUACAAGUAUUCUUGCAUUACUUAUCCAGACUUGUCAGUGGAUUUCGAGCUCAGAUCGGGUUUAAUUCAUUUGCUUCCUAAGUUUCAAGGUUUUUCAGGGGAAGAUCCUAAUAGACAUUUGCAUGAGUUCCAUGUGGUUUGCUCUACUAUGAAACCACAAGGCAUUUUAGAGGAGGAUAUCAAGUUGAGAGCCUUCCCAUUUUCAUUGUCAGGAUCAGCAAAGGAAUGGUUGUACUAUCUUCCAGCGGGAUUCAUUACGAGUUGGAUUGACAUGAAGAGGGCAUUUUUAGAGAAAUACUUCCCAGCUUCUAGAACCACAACUAUAAGGAAGAACAUCUGUGGUAUUCAACAAGUUGUGGGAGAAACUCUUUAUGAUUACUGGGAGAGGUUCAAGAAAUUGUGUUCAAGCUGUCCUCAACAUCAAAUUAGUGACCAGUUACUUGUUCAAUAUUUUUAUGAAGGUUUGUUACCUAUGGAUAGGAGCAUGAUUGAUGCUGCAGCUGGAGGUGCUUUGGUUAACAAGACUCCAGAACAAGCAAGGGAGCUCAUUGCAAAUAUGGCAGAAAAUUCUCAACAAUUUGGGAGUAGGGCACUUACUACUAGAGGAGUUGGUGAAGUUCAAACGGUAUCAAAUGAGCAAAAGGAGAUCAAAAGUUCAUUGUUGGAGUUGACAUCUUUGGUCAAACAAAUGGCGUUGAAUAGUGCUAGCCAAGUUUCAUCUUUUCCAGUCCAAACGAUGAGAGUUUGUGGCAUUUGUUCGAGUCAAGAGCACACUUCGGAAUUAUGUCCAAAUCUCCAUCAAGAUGAAUCAAUGGCGGCUAUAUCAAGACCACAAUUUCAGCAAAGAUAUGAUCCAAAUUCUUCCACCUAUAAUCCAGGUUGGAAGGAUCAUCCAAAUUUGAAGUACGGGAAUUCCUUCUACCAACAACCACCUCAAAAUCAGAAUGUGCAGAAUUUUCAGCAAUAUCAGCAAUCCAACACUCCAAAUCAGUUUCAAUAUCAGCAAUUUCAGCCACUUGCUGUUCCAAACCAAUUCCAACAUCAAAAUCAGCAAUUUCAGCAUCCUAAUCAGUUCCAACAGCAAUCAUAUGCCUCUUUCCAUCCACAAAAUCAGCAUCCAAAUUUUCAGCAGCAAAUUCAAAAUUUCCAGCAACCUGCACAGAAUUUCCAGCCAACACAGAAUUUCCAGCAAUCUAUUCAGAAUUGGCAGCAACCAAAUUCUUCUUUUUCUUCUCAACCAAGGUCUUAUUCAAAUCAAAGUGGUAAUAACAAUUCAAAUGCAGCAAGUACACAGCAGCAGCAAAAGAUGGAGGAUAUGAUGCAGCAGAUUUUGCAACAACAGCACUUAGUUUUACAGCAGCAGCAACAUCAACAGAGGACUGAUUCUGCUUUGCAAAACAUUGAGAGACAAAUUGGCCAAUUAGCAAGCAACAUAAAUCAGAUGCAAGCCCAAGGAUCAAGUCAAUUGCCUUCACAAACAACUCCAAAUCCUAAGGGAAAUGUUAGUGCAUUGACUCUUCGAAGUGGUAAGACAACUUCAGAAUUAGUGCGGAAUGCUCCAGGUGGAUCAAAUCUAGUUUCAUCAGGUUCAAUUCCAGUUUCAACAAAUGUUGUGCAACCUCCAGAUUUUGUUCAAAAUAAGUUAGAUUCUACUGCAAACCAGCUUCGGAAUUUUCCAGCAUCUUCAGCCCAAACAGAUUCUGCAUUUCCUGGAAAUGUUGGUGUUGUUCAACCGGAUUAUACACAACCAAUAUUAUCAGAUUUUACUCAAUUUGAUGGCUCAGGAAAAGUAGCAACAGCAGCUCAGGAUUUGGACAGUAAUUCACAACAGCAAGGUGCCGAUAUUCACAUCCCUUUGCCUUUUCCUCAAAGAAAAGUCCAGCAAAGAAAGAAUGUAGAGGAAGAGAAAGCUAGAGAAUUUCAAGACCUUGUAAAUUUAUUCAGCAAAGUGGAGGUGAAUGUGCCUUUGUUGACAAUGGCUAAGCAAAUUCCGAAAUAUGCUAAAUUUCUCAAGGAUCUAUGUGUUCACAAAAAGAAAUUGAAGGGGAAUGAAUUGAUAAGCAUGGGGAAGAAUGUUUCAGCCCUUAUUCAACCAGUUCCAAAAAAAUGUGAAGAUCCUGGAGUGUUCACUGUGCCUUGUGAGAUUGGAAGUUGUGUUUUUGAAGAUGCCAUGUUGGAUUUAGGAGCAUCAAUCAAUGUGAUGCCAAAAUCAGUCUUUCAGACACUUGGAAUUGGUCCUCUACAGCAGACCGGAGUUGUUAUUCAGCUAGCUGACCGAGCUCAUCCAGCCGGAGUGAUUGAAGAUGUGUUGGUGAAGGUGAGAGAGCUUAUUUUUCCUGCUGAUUUCUACAUUCUGGAUAUGGAGGGAGAUUUACUUGCGAAUAGAUCUCCACUCAUUCUUGGUAGGCCAUUUCUAAAGACUGCAAGAACGAAGAUUGAUGUGCACGCUGGAACACUAUCCAUGGAGUUUGCAGAUACAGUGGUUCAGUUUAGUUUAUUUGAUGCUAUGAAGCACCCGUCAGAGGACCACUCUAUUCUUAGCAUUGACAUAGCAGAUGAGUUGAUUAGCAUAGAUUUGACUUUUGGCCUUGAGUCUCGGCUGGAAAUUUUUGAGGGUGAGGAGUGCCUAUAUGAUUCUAAGGUUUCUACUGAAAGUGAAGGUAAUGUGGGAGCAAUUGAUGUGGAGCUCGUUGGUAGUUCAAGUUCAUUGGAAGGUGAAUAUUUAAGUAUAGGGGAUUGCACAGAGGAAGCAAUACCCCAAGAAUCACAUAUUUUGAUUGAAGUGUCACCUGAAUCAGGAAAAGGUGAAUAUGUAAGUGUAGGGGAUUGCACAGAAGGAGCAAUACCCCAAGAAUCACUACAGUCAGUUAUUGAUGCACAGCAGCCAGAGUUGAAGCCUCUUCCUGAACACCUUAAGUAUGCAUUUUUGGGAGAAGGACAGCAGCUACCCGUUAUUAUAGCUCAAAAUUUAGAGCCAGAGCAAGAACAAAGAUUAUUGGGAAUUUUGAGACAGCAUAGGAAAGCUAUUGGGUGGACACUUGCUGAUAUUCCUGGUAUCAGUCCUUCGAUUUGUAUGCAUCGGAUUUAUUUAGAGGAGGAUGUGAAACCAGUGAGGCAACCACAGAGAAGACUUAACCCAUUGAUACUCGACGUUGUAAAGAAAGAGGUGACUCGACUUUUACAGGCUGGUAUUAUUUACCCGAUUUCUGAUAGCAAAUGGGUAAGUCCAAUUCAUGUGGUUCCCAAGAAGUCAGGCAUUACAGUGGUAGCUAAUGAGGACAAUGAGUUGGUGCCUACCAGAAUUCAGAAUUCAUGGAGAGUUUGUAUAGACUAUAGGAAACUGAAUCAAGCAAGCAGAAAGGACCACUACCCAUUGCCUUUUAUUGAUCAGAUGUUGGAGAGAUUGGCGGGGAAGUCCCAUUAUUGUUUCCUAGAUGGAUACACAGGUUAUUUUCAGAUUUGCAUCGCUCCUGAGGAUCAAGAGAAGACCACCUUCACUUGCCCCUUUGGUACAUUCGCUUACAGACGUAUGCCUUUCGGACUUUGCAACGCACCAGGGACCUUCCAGCGAUGUAUGGUAAGCAUUUUUGGUGAGUUAUUAGAGCAUUGCAUGGAGGUUUUUAUGGAUGACUUUUCGGUUUACGGUUCAUCUUUUGAUGCAUGUUUGGAAAAUUUAUCUCGAGUUUUGAAUCGUUGUAUUGAGACAGAUCUGGUUUUAAAUUUUGAAAAAUGUCAUUUCAUGGUUGAGCAUGGUAUUGUUUUGGGAUAUGUCAUUUCUAGGGAAGGUAUUAAAGUAGAUCCUGCUAAGAUUAAUGUUAUAUCUUCUUUAUCUUACCCCGCAUGCGUGCGGGAGGUUCGAGCUUUUCUUGGACAUGCAGGUUUCUAUAGGAGAUUCAUACGUGAUUUCAGUAAAAUUGCUCUUCCCUUGACUCAGCUACUACAGAAGGAUGUAACUUUUCAUUUUGAUCAGAAGUGCAAAGAGGCUUUUGAGAAGCUGAAAGAAGCCCUUGUUACAGCACCCAUUAUUAGCCCACCAGAUUGGAGCCUUCCUUUUGAGUUGAUGUGCGAUGCUUGA